GGUAAUAGUAUGCGUAUUUUGAAAUUUUUGUAUUUAUUACACACCUAAAUUUUAUCUAGAUUCUUUCUAGAAGUUUUAAAAAAUUAUUUUCUUCCCUCUUUUUCUUUUAUAGGAAUUCCAUUUGGACCCAGUAGAGUAUCAGUGCAGAAGGACUCUCACUAGGAUGUAAUCUGGAUUCUACUGAAUUAUUUUUCAGCAACAAUUCAAACAGAUUCCAAAACCUUUCCAUUCUCAACCAAGAGCUGUGAACAACAGUGCUUAUUAUUAAAAUGCAAAACCACCCUCUACUUCUUCGGAGACCUUUAGCUCCCAAACUCCCUAAGUUGUCCUUAUGUCUGAAGAAAGCCCGUCCAGGUAUGUUUAUUAAUCAGAUAUCUUUAUUUUUUUCUUUUUCGGAUUUAGCUGAGAUUGGUCAAACUAAGCUACCACGUGUACGGUUCGCUGAAGAUAAUAUCACUUCAAGGGAAAGAGCUGAAACUAGUUUUCCUGAUGUCCUUCCGAGAAAUCAAUCACAACCCCCAGUCAGUAUUCAAAAUCUCCUUCUUGAUCAUCAUGUACAAAGAAGAGUGACGACUAUUUCGACAACCAAAAAACCUUCUAAGGGGAUUGACUGGCACAUUCCAGAGACUGCUACUGGGUGCAUAUUUUUCCCAAGGUGCUGUUCAGCUUCGCAUCGAGUUUUCGGAAAAGAAAUAAGCAAAAUGGAAAGUGGCAGAAAAUCAGAAGACAUUUUAAAAAACAUUCUGAUUCUCUCCUCAGAGUUCUCCAAACGCCCAGGUGCCCCUUCUCCAGAGCCUCCUCCCAACAUCCAGGAGGUUCAUGCCGAGCAUCUGCUUUUGCAAAACAGAACCUAUUCUUUUAAGCAGCCCCUGCUACGUUUAAGCGCAACAGUGCCGAUCCCUGUACCGAGGACACCUGUUAAAGCAGAGACACAGCAGCCGGACCGUCUAGGACACUGUCCUAUAGUGACGCUAAGUAUCACUCAUGUUCCAGGUCCCAUGUUCAUACCAACACCAACUUUGCCAAGGAAACCUCUGAGACAGUCCGUGAUAGAAAGUCGUCUUUUAACUUUCACUCUAAGUGACGACAUAUUUAAGUUUUAUGUUUCUUUUGUUCAUUUAGGGAGUCUUCAAUCUAGAAAACCACCAGAAUCACCAAUUGAAAACGUCAUACAUGGUGAAGGUUUUAAGACUAUUGUGGCAACUCAAUAUGAAACAAUAAUGGCCAUGACCGACCUGGCGAUAAUAAACUGUCAAAUACAUGGACACAACGCACUGAAUCUUAAGGGCUUUUUUCUCCUGAAUUGUCCAGACUUAACACCUUUGGCUUUCCAAUUAAUAUAUCUUAAUUUAUCAUAUAAUAACAUCUGUUACUUUCCCACAGAAGUAUUUUGUCUUGAAAAUUUACAAAUACUGAUCCUGAGAAACAAUCCUAUCAAAGAAAUUCCUUCUACGAUUCAACAACUUAAGUUCCUUAAGUCUUUCAACAUUGCCUUUAAUUUGAUUACUACUCUUCCACCUGGGUUAUUUUGCUUGUUUAAUCUUGAAGAACUCGAUAUUUCCUACAAUAGCAUUGCUUUUAUUCCAAAUGAAAUCCAGAAACUCAGAUCCCUUGAAAGAUUGAUUGUUGAUGGGAAUGAACUGACUACUUUCCCACAUGGAAUUCUGAAGCUUAACCUUAAAAAAAUCCUAUUUGAGAAUAACUUCACUAAUCCCAGCUUUUGGAAAGAGAAUUCUAUGAAUAAUCCGCAACGUCUUACUCAACUUGCUUCUUGGUUCUUUUUAAAGAAUAAUCUACAUAAAUAUUAUCCUGUGAUCCCAGUGGAAAUUCAAAAGUUACUAAAAUGCACGUCCAAAUGUGAGUGGUGUCACGGGCCAAGGUUCGGUGAAGGUUUUCGCAUCAUCCGAUCCUACGAUAUUUUCGGAGCCACCCAGCUUCCUGUGCUAUUUUAUGUCUGUUCCUCUUCCUGCUACAGAAGAGUAAAGGAAAGCAGUUUGGGUUUUGAGAAUGUUCCUGGUAAAAGAAUCUCUCUAAAUCCCGAGUUGAUGAGUUAUACAGUGAUUUAUGAGUCCCCCUUUAAAAGCCACUGAAGUUUAUGUGUAGAAUCACGCAUUUCUUUCAGAGCACAGGUGCUGUGUGGACGAUGUAAGCGUUGUCUCAUGUGACUCCUCUCUGCAAUCCUAGCACCUGAUGCAAGUUGGUGAUUGUUAGGGAAUCUUGGUAGAAUACUUACUUAAGAAGGAUUAGUAAAAGUCUUCGGAUUCCAAAGAAGAGCUAGAGAGUUUCUUUUGGAGCAUGUUUACUAUAAAAAGAAAAAUGUUAGCAUCCUUUGUAAAAAGGAUUUACCUUACAAGUGGCCUUUUUACCCCAUUCUCAGGGAUAAGAUAGUAUUUCAUCAGUGGAGUCUGGGCCUCCUAUGGAUUCAGAGUCACGUACCCAAGUUCCCAAUGUUUGUGCAUUUCUGUGGAUACCUGUCAGUGCCACUCAUCUCAGUUGUAGACUGCUUUGGGGAAAUAAAGAUUGAUUCCAGUACUGUAUUUUGUUGUUUGAAUUUAUUAUUCAGGCUCUUAGAAAAGUGGUACUAUCUUUCAGGGUUUUUUUUGUUUUUGUUUUUGUUUUUGCUUUUAGGGCCAUACCCUCAGCGCAUGGAA